AUGCCUCCUAAAAAGGCCGCAUCGUCCAAGAUCCCCGUCCAACCCGUUCCUGAGAAACGCGGCUACGAGUUCGGUGGACCCCUAGGAGCAUUUGGAAUUGUCUUUGGAUUACCAGCCCUGAUCUAUACUUUCGCCUUCGUCUGCAACGAUGUUUCGGGCUGUCCCGCACCGUCACUCCUCCACCCGUCCACAUUGUCGCUGGAUCAAUUGAAGCGCGAGGUGGGCUGGCCCGAGGGAGGAGUCGCCGCGCUGUACGACACUCAAGUUACGCUGUGGACCCUGAGCUAUUAUGCCUUUAGUCUGUUCCUGCAGGUAUUUUUGCCGGGGCAGGAAGCAGAGGGAGUCCCUCUGGCUUGUGGAGGAAGACUCAACUACAAGUUCAACGCAUUCCCCUCCGCUGUCAUUAUCCUGUCGGGUCUCGCCGGAGGCACGUAUCUAUAUGGCGCCGAUUUCGUGGUGUGGACUUUCCUGUGGGAUAACUAUGUGCAGGUUAUCACGGCAAAUCUGUUGAUCUGCUCCUCGAUUGCACUGUUUGUCUAUCUCAAGAGUUUCUCGGUCCCGGAACCCGGAAAGCCCAACCCGCAGUUGCGCGAGCUUGCGCCCGGCGGCCACACGGGCAAUGUCCUCUAUGACUUCUUCAUCGGUCGUGAACUCAACCCUCGGGUCCGCUUGCCCAUCCCGUUUGUCAGCGAGGCUUCGCGCACGAUUGACAUCAAGGUGUUCAUGGAGAUGAGACCCGGCCUGCUCGGAUGGACUAUUCUGAACCUGUCCAAUGUGGCCCAUCAGCAUCGGACCUACGGCUACGUCACUGACUCUAUCAUUCUGGUUACCCUUUUCCAGGGAUUCUACAUCCUGGAUGCGCUGUACAUGGAGCCAGCCAUCAUGACCACGAUGGAUGUGAUCAUGGACGGGUUCGGCUUCAUGCUCUCCUUUGGCGAUGUGGUCUGGGUGCCCCAUCUGUAUAACGUCCAGAGCCGCUAUCUCUCUGUCUUCCCUCUGGAACUGGGCUGGACCGGCGUUGCGCUUGUUUUGGGCGUGACUGCGGUGGGCUACUCGGUUUUCCGUGGCGCCAACAACCAGAAGAAUCGGUUCCGCACCGACCCCAGUGACCCGCGCGUGAAGCAUAUCAAAUACAUCGAAACUGCCAGUGGAUCGAAGCUGAUGAUUUCGGGCUGGUGGGGUCUGGCGCGCCAUAUCAACUACCUGGGCGACUGGACCAUGUCGUGGGCCUACUGUCUGCCGACCGGCAUUGCUGGCUAUGCCAUUAUUGAAAGCAUCAACCCGGCCAGCGGUGCCCUCCAAAAGCAGGCUGUGCAAACGCCCGAGGUUCGGGGCUGGGGCAUGAUUCUCACGUACUUCUACAUGCUCUACUUCGCCAUCCUCUUGAUCCAUCGGGAAGGCCGCGACGAGGAAAAGUGCGAGAGAAAGUACGGUGCCGACUGGAAGCGUUAUACCUCGAUAGUACGCAGUCGGAUCAUCCCUGGCAUUUACUAA